AUUGUCAACUGGGAAAUGGCGCUGUAUGGUUGCGACAUUGCGGCUUGAGAGCUGCGAGACGAGAAUACACGAUGUUCAAACAUUAAUCCGAUGUCCUCUGUGAUUUCUUUUGCAUGGUUGUAAAUGUUACAGACUGAAUGUACGCUGUAGGUGGUAUCAUUUGCUAUUUUGUUAUAGCAACCGGCAUUCAGCAACAGUUUGCUACCGCAGUACUACUUACAUGCUCUCGCCCACUGGUACCUGCUGCUUCCUAUCUUUUGCUUGCAGUCUAAGCGUCUACACGCCGGUAGCAGUGUCACAAAUCUACAAGUUUAAUACUUGCAGGCUGUGCGUAAUUCGGAUUGGUACCGAACUUGCGGCAGGUCGCAGCUUGCAAACUGUAGGCACAUGUAUAAUAGUCACUGACGUUCCGUGCAACUACCACUCAAUCAACAGCCGCCAUGGCCAGUAAAGCAGAAGCAUAAUGUCAUUUGGAAUCCUCGAUUUGUCAACGCUUAUCAUAUGUGCUAAGAAAAGUGUCCAUGGCGACUGAAGACGUAAUGAUCUGACAGGUCGAAGGAGGCGGGGAGUUUGGCUAACCAUGAUAGUGACGAUGAUGGUGACGUCACAGCGUGUGAGUGAUGACUUGAUGGAACCUUCGCUGGACGAUCGUUGAGGGGC